AUGGGGUGGUUUUGGGCAGAUCCGACGCCUUUCCCUCCCCGCGCCACUGCGUCUCUUCCACGAGGGAGUGCAGAACCGCCGGCUGGCUGUCCUAUGCACAAAGCGUCCUCUUCACCACUCCCCACUCCCCCGAAGGACUCGGCAUGUCCCUACACGCCACCCUCCAGCGACACCCCCGCUUCCUCCGCGCCCUCCUACGUCUCCCGCCUCAACCCUCUAAACUAUAUGCCAUCUCAGCUCUCCAAUGAACGUCAAGCCCCCGAACAAACCGUCUCCCUGCCCCUUGAGCGCGAAAGCUCCUCCAUCCCCCGCGGCGACGGCUCAGGAACGUGGGAAUAUCCGUCGCCUCAGCAAAUGUACAACGCGCUGCUCCGCAAAGGCUACACCGACACGCCUGCCGAGCAUGUCGAGACGAUGGUCGCCGUGCACAAUUUCUUGAACGAGGGCGCAUGGGAGGAGAUCAAAGACUGGGAGAACCGAUUUGCCGGCGGCCUAAGUCGCGGCUGGGAACUAAGUCGGCAUGGUGAGCGCGGUGCUGCGCGACAACUGGCGCUGGAAAGCCUGCGCCGCAGUCGAAGAGGCGAGCCGGAUCCCGCGGAGCCCAAAUUGCUGAAGUUCAUGGGCAGGCCGAGCGAGCUGACGCCCAAGGCGCGCAUGAUGAGUUUCAUGGCUUGGCUGUACCCUUCGAAGUUCCCCGACAACCCGCCCUUCGAUCGCCACGAUUGGUUUGUGCAGCGAAACGGCCCUGGCGGGAAGGAGAGAGAGGUGCGGUAUGUGAUUGAUUACUACUCUGGGCCGCCGGAGCCGACGGGCGAACCGGUAUUUUAUCUGGAUGUGAGGCCGGCCGUUGAUGGGCCGACGGCGGCGUGUGAGCGGAUGAUGCGCUGGACUGGAGAUGUUUGGUACAGGGCUUCGGGAGGUAGUGUGAGAGAGGAAAAAGGAAAGGGGAGAGGGUGA